AUGGCUUCCCUUAAGUCACCUUGCAGCGGCGCCGCCAUCCAGGACGACGACGACUUCACCACUGCCACCGCCUCGGGAGCUCAGACUGAAGGCUCCGAAGUUGCUCGGAAAAGACGACACUCCCACUUUAUUCCCAGACGCAAGUCCAUUGUUAACCAAAUCAUGGAUGGCGAGGAGCACCUGCUACUAAAGGUCGACCUCUUCCUGACCGAAUUGGAACGACGCCUCGAAUUCCUCGAAAACUACGGCGAGCUCACGUUCGACUCGAGCAUAUCCCGCGCCUUUUCCACCCUUCAGACCGUCCGCGCUCGCUGCUCGUCUGCCUCGGAGGAGGUCCUCGGCGCCGGACGCAGACGCCUGCACAUCAUGGUGGAGACACUCGAGGCCCGGUACCAGGGCGCCCUGGCCUCGGCCGAAUCCCUGAACGAGAAGGCCCGCGUCGGCAUCGAGCUCCUGGACGACAUGCUCACCGAGUUUGAGAACAAGGCGCACAAGCUGCGCGAGCAAGGCCUCGCCAAUGCCGCCGACACGGCAAGUGCCUUCAUGAACGAGGGCCGAAGAGUUGUGGACGAGAGCAUCGGGCUCGCGCGGGAGGUCGUCGACGAGGGUAUCGAGAGAGCCAUGCGCGCCGCUGAGAAUUUGGAGGAAAAGAUUGCCCACGCGGUCGCGCGGGCCAGGGAGACGAAACUCAUCACCUACGACGACCUCCCCAUGCCCUGGCGCAUCAACCCUCAUAUCCGUGAUGGAUAUCGCUUUACAGAGUCCAAGCUCGAGUGCAUCUGGUCGGCCUUCCGCCCCUCGAACGAGCUGGUCAACAUUUGGUCCCACGCCAUUGGCCUCUUCAUUGUUCUCGCCGUCGCCCUCUACUUUUACCCUCGCAACAUCAACUUCCAGUUCAGCACCAAGACGGACAUCUUUGUUGCCGCCGUCUUCUUCUUCACGGCGUGCCUGACGCUGGUAUGCUCGACUAUCUGGCACACCAUGAACGCCGUUGCCGACGUAGAUGCCAUCAGCAUCUUUGCGUGCGUCGACUACACGGGCAUCUCGCUGCUUAUUGCGGCGUCCAUCGUCACGACCGAGUACACGGCCUUCUACUGCGAUCCCGUCAGCCGCUGGUUGUACAUGGGCACGACGGCAGUCCUCGGCAUCGGCGGCGUCAUCCUCCCAUGGCACCCGACCUUUAACGGAGCCGAGAUGGCAUGGGCCCGCGUCGCCUUCUUCUGCGGCCUUGGUGCAACGGGGUUUCUGCCAAUCUUGCAGCUCUACUUUUCCCACGGGCCCGACUUUGUCUGGGAAUUUUACACGCCGAUUGCAAAGAGUAUCUUUGUCUACCUGCUCGGCGCUUUUGUAUACGCCAGCAAGAUUCCCGAACGUUGGUGCCCGGGCAUGUUUGACUACAUUGGCGGAAGCCACAACUUGUGGCAUUUGGCCGUUCUCGGCGGCAUCUUGUUUCACUACACGGCGAUGCAGUCCUUCUUUGCGAAUGCCUUCCGGCAGGCGCAGGGAGAGUGUUCCGUCUUUUGA